AUGGCUACAACAUUCCAGUAUACUCACUUGCCGUUCGCUUUUGCGUCCCCGGGGGAUGUGCUCGCCGCCGGUAUCGUCCUGCCACUGAUGUGCAUGCUCUCUGUCGUCUUGCGAUUCUACACGAGAAGAGUCCAGAAGGCGGCUAUCGGGGCCGAUGACUUGCUGCUGGUGCCCGGCGUGAUCUUGAUCAUAGGUAUGGGCGUUUGCCUGAUUGUCGGUUCGUACACACACAGGAUAAGCCUCAUUCUGCUCUGCAUGCCAAUCAAUGUACUUUCAGGCUACGCCAAGCGAGUGAUGGGAUAUCCGACCCCGCUCCCCGUCGGCAGCGAUCCCAAGGAGGCCUAUGCGGAGUAUCUGGCGUCGUAUCAGACCGAGGCCGAAAUCGAGUUCUACUACCAGCUCCUGAUGAUCGUCGCCUACGGAUGCAUCAAGCUGAGCCUGCUGUUCUUCUACCGCCGGCUCUUCCUCGUGGUGCGGUGGUCCGUCUUCGACGUCGUCUCCAUCGUCUAUGCGGCCCUCGUCGCCAUGUGGACGCUGGCCUUCUUCUUUCUGUUCCUCUUUGGGUGUCGGACCAGGAUCGAUAUGCACUGGGCGCCCCUGCAGGAGGUGCAGAACCAGUGCGGCAAUGCCAUGGCGCCUGAACUGGGGCUGGUCAUCUCCGACCUGGCGACGGAUCUCAUGAUCCUCUGCUUGCCUUUGCCGAUUAUCUGGCGGCUGAACCUGAAAUGGACCCGCAAAGUGGCCAUUAGCUGCGUCUUCUUGGUCGGGUUGAUAAACGGUCACGACGAUGCUCUGGUGGAGCAUGAUCGAAGCCAGCCUCGGACUGAUCGCCGCGUGUCUGCCGACCCUGAGCUUCCUGACUCGAAAGAUAUCCAUGGCGAAUCUCUUCAGCCGCCUGCGCAGCCGCAGCUCCAGCCGCAGCCGCGAUCUGGACUACCAGCAUUCGAAUCUGCACCUCAACAGCGACAGUAUUCCGCUCGUCGAGACGAAGCCGAUCUUCCUGGCUGUCUGGAACGGAUCCGAGAGGGCGACACCAUCGCCAUGACUGACCGCGACAGGGGCAGCAGUGGAGACCAGUUGAGAAGCGGAGUUCCGGCAGGAGAGCGAGACAACAGGGGCAGCGGGAAUGAAAUCCCAUACUCCGUAGAAUGCAGGUGUUGUUAG